AAAACCCCAGCAGUGACAAAAAUGUGCAUUAUUGCAUUCAUUUUUACCCCCAAAUCUGGCUGUGGGCACUUGUGCAUGACAAAACCAAGCCAAAGAUGGACAAGGGAUGAUGGGGUUAAACUCAAACAGGGGGAGUUCAGGAGCCGAGCAUGGGAACAUCCCAGGGGCGGUUCGAGGACCAGCAACGAACAUCCAGCCCAGAGGAAGCCACCUCAGUCACCUCCUGCUGCUGAAGAGGCAAACCCCUGCUCAGGACCAAGCAGCGAUGGAUGAGCAGCCGCUUGCUGCAGCCACGGAGCUUUUGGGGAGACCCAUUGAGGUCUAUGAGGAGAGGCUCCAGUCCCACCUGCGAGCUCUAAGGAAGGUGCUGGCGGAGCUUCUGGACUGGAGAAUGAGUGAAGAGAAGCAGCGCAUGGAUUAUCUGGCGAGGAGCGAGGCCGAGCGGGGCCGCAUCAGGGCCGAGUUCAAGAGGCUGCAGCAGCUGCUGGCAGAGAAGGAGUGUGCAGCACUGGCCCGGCUGGCAGAGCUCGAUGCUGCCUUUGAAGCUGCUCAGGAGGAGAAGUCUUCGCGGGUGGCUGAGGGCAUCACACAGCUCCAUGUGCUCAUUGGGCAGCUGGAGGCCAAGCGCCUGCCUCAGGAUAUUGGGAGCAUCCUAAGCAGCAAAAUGAAGCUUCAGCUCCCGUCUGGGCUCCCCACUGAGCUGGAAAAGAGCCUGAGCUCCUGCCGGCACCAGCGGGAUGCUCUCCGGGAGGCCCUGGAGGAGCUCAGAGACAAGGGGAUACCUGAACCAAGGCCAGGACCUGGGAACUUUCCCAGCAGAGAGAAAAAGGGUGAGGUGACCCUUUAUUCCCCUUUCUUCCUGCCCCUACAAUGGCGUCACCCUCCCACUGACCUAUCUGGCUUUCCCUACAGCAAAAGCAACUGCGGAUCCCAGCUGGGCUCCUCUCCCGCAGCUCUUGGUGGACAGAAAGAGCGCGCGGUGGGAUGAGGAGGAGCUGGAAGCGGGAGGGGAACCCUAGCGGCUUUAUACCUGAGCUGCUCAGGCCGUGUAAGAG